CACUUCGCCGGUUUCGGGCGAGAGAAGCGAUCACCGACGCUAUAUUUGCUCCGUGUGAUUUUUCUUUGAACUUCGUGUUGGUAAUCGUUAGAUUAGGGUCACAGUGCCUAUUGGUCAAACAACUGACAUGCGAUUUUUUGCUUCGAUACAGUUUAUCUAAUUAGGUUCAAAUGUUUGAUACUUUUGGUCCGAUAAGAAUCUGUUCAAUGGCGGUCGAGGAUAUGAAGAAAUACACGCUGCUGGUUUUUAUUUGGCAGUUUGCUGCAGGAACUACGACGCCGCCUCCAUCGUUUGACGAUGUUCCAAACAAAAACGCUAGUACUCUUUCUUCAGUAAAACCUUUGUUAACCAGUUUAAAGUUGUUAGAAAUCACAUCGACACAACAACAUGACGUCACCAAAUCAACCACAGAUAAAUUGUUUUCUACAUGUGCUCAACUGAGGGAAAGAUUUCACGGAGUGUCGAACGAUUUGAUAGAACAGAUUGUACUGAACAACAUGGAGACAACUCGUGAAGCUUGCAUUCUUUUAUUUAUAUGUCGACUUCAACGGUCGCAGGAAAACAAAUGUGGAGUAUACGUUGAUGGAAUUGGAACAUGUUAUUUUCCUACCAAGAGUGGAGAAACCGCAAGCACAAGCUGUCCAGCUUCUAUUUCUGGAAUUGCGUAUGAUAUAAGCAAGAAUGUUACAAGAUAUUGCGAUGUGAACGGAACAUGGGAAGCAAGGUCGAAUUAUUCAGAAUGCAAACCUCUUAAUAUGGAUUCAAUGUGCAGUACAUUCCAGGAGGACUCUCAAGACCAAGAAAUAGAUGUCGAAGCAUGCAAAUCUCAUUUGUACAAUUUGCGUAUUAUAUCUUACGUUGGAAGAGGAUUGGCGCUCUUUACACUUGUCAUUGCAUUUGUUUUGUUUUGGAUACUCAGGAGCAUCCGAUGUUGGAGAAACAUCAUUCACUGGAAUUUGGUUGCAUCUUUUAUACUUCGAAAUAUUUUCUGGAUACUGCUACAUUUAUUUAUAAGUUAUCAAUCAAGACAAAGUAACGCCGUAUUUUGUCGUAUAUUGGUGACAAUAUUCAAUUACACACAAGCAACCAACUACUUUUGGAUGUUUGUUGAAGGGCUAUACUUACAUAUGAUGGUCGUGCUAGCUUAUUCAUAUGACAGAAUAAAACUUGGAGUCUAUCUCGCGAUAGGAUGGGGUUUACCGGUUCCACUAACACUACUUUGGGCAAUUCUGAAAUACAAAAAAGAAGAUACUAUGUGUUGGAUGCCAAAUAAAGAUUUGGAAAAGAUGGUUGAUUACUUUUUGCAAAUACCCAUUAUAAUUAUAUUAUUGGUCAACGCAAUCAUUCUGGGCAACGUGGUGCGGAUACUAUUCACAAAACUUCGAGCCGGAUAUGUAUCCGGCGGAAUAACCGGAGAAGCUGCGCAAUACACCAAAGCUGUCAAAGCAGCAGUUUUCUUGUUUCCACUUCUCGGAGUAACCUACGUGAUAUUUUUCGUUAGUCCGCCAGCUGAAUCUUCAGGAGAAAUUGUAUUUCUUUAUUUCAACACAUUCAUGCAGUCAUUCCAGGGUUUCUUUGUUUGUUUAAUAUACUGUUUUGCAAACAACGAAAUUCAACGAGCUUUGAUGAAAAAGGUCAAUUCGUGGAAAUGGCAAAUCAAUUUCCCGUGCUGUUUCUGGCAGAAAAGAGAAAUUGGAAUGAAUCGUCGUGCAUCGAGUGUUUCUCUAAGUCGAACAAACAACACAUUGGUGACGCUGAGAAUUCGUGACACCCGCGAGGGACGGAACUCGAUCGCAAAAUGGGACCGUGAUUCGGAUCCCAUGACAUCGCCCAACAACCACGAAGAGAUGGUGGGGAUUGAUGACGUCUCCUUGACGCCACCACGUUUGAAUCAGUCAGAAGGGGACGGAAAGGAGACAAAUCGGUUCAAUAUGAAUUCAGCAGCUGUAGACAUCGAAGCCAGUGAUCAGCCAUUGGUAGGGUUCAAUUCAACAAGCGACUCUGUGCUGUAAUGAUAUGCUUCACACAACGAUGACUAAAGACUUACUGACUAUGGUAGUUUCUUACUCGUUUUGGGAUUCAAUUCAACUUUGGUAUAAUUUCAUAAGUGAUUCAUCUCUUUGAAUACGAUAUGUUCCACACGCACUCGAAGUACAUUAAUAUGUAUUUAUAUAUAUGUGAAUAUUUUUGCUACAAUUCGUGACUUUAUUUCUGUACAUGAACGACACACGAAUGAGACAUUGAAUGUUUGAGUGUUACCUAUUUAGUUUAAUUCAUUAUCAAAACUCGGACAGUGCAUCAGCGACAAAGAUUAUGCAACGAUAUAUUAACUAGGUAUGUGUGAGAAACAUCAUUAUGUAAACAUUCUGGCUUUCUAAUUUGACGAAGGUGCAUUCAUAGACGAGCAGUUGUAUUUAUUAUAUCAGUUUUUUGAUGUGUUGGAUAUUUUUUUUCACAUUUUAUACUAAAACGUUAGAAUUUCACGUCAUAUUUCCUUAUUAAUGUUUUGUUUUUAUGACUUGUAACGUUUGUUACAGUUUUAGCUACAUACCAAUACUGUACCGGAACGACCGUUUGAUAAGAUUAUCAGAAUAUAAGAUACCGUUUACAAUAACAUGGUUGAUUUCUAAGAAAAUCGAAUUAUAUUUAUGCCGUGAAACAAACAAGUAACAAACA